GUUGGCAACAGUGGUUGCUUAUUUUGCGUGAUAAGAAUACAAAUUUCAUUAUUCUUUGUAAAAUUGCGUACCAAACUAUGCACAGGACGAACCUGAAGACAAAAUAGUGACAGCUCAAAGAUGCAAAAGCAAGAGGAGAUCACAUCUCGUCUCAAACAGAUCUUCGACCUGUUCCUGCGUGAAAACUUUUUAAUGACCGACAAUGUUUACUUUGAAAAGCUCAUAUCACACUUGCAGGCCAAGGAAAAUGAAUCCUUGCUGCAAGCGCCCUUUGUCAUCGAGUGGGUGGACAAGUGCCUCACAUUGAUCACAUCCGAUUUUCACAAAGUUCAUCCAAAGGUAAUAUCAUUCAUGUUGAAUGUUAUUGGUUUUAUGGCCUCUAACGAAUGGAUGCUCAUCCGACUGCGGGAACUGGACAUUAUGCAUAGAAUGAUGUCCUUUAUGCAGGCGAAUGAGCAACAAUUUAGUCCAUCGAUUAAAUUAAGUGGCAUACGUGUGAUGAAGGUCAUCAGUAAUUAUAGCAUCGGUCUGGCCUUUCAACGCAUGAAUCGUACUUGGUCGGUGCUUAUCCAGUACAGCAACAAUGAGCACACCCUGUAUGUGGUACGUGAGGCGCGACAGUUGCUCUAUGAGAUGUUGUACAAGUUCUGUGACAAGAUGCACGAUGAGGCCGUCACACUGGAGAUUCUCUCAGAGAUUAUGAAACCCAUACAGGAUAAUGUCUAUAUAACCGAUAAUAUCAAUGACACUGCUGGCGGAGAAGAGGAGCGAAUACAUGUCAGCGUCGAUGAUCAUGAUCUGCUGCACAAGGUUACCUCAGCUGUGGAUCUGCUCAGUUAUAUAUUACAACAGACUCUGGUUAGCGAGGAGCGUACAAAAAUUGUGGCCCUUCUGCGAGAUCAUCAUAAUAUUGAGUUGAACAUCUGGAAGCUGGUUGAGAUGACGCACAAUACGUAUUUUACAGAGAAAAUGUUAAGCACAUUGUGUAGCUAUCACUUUGCAUUGCUACUGCACGAGAAAAUCCUCAAUCCUGAAUGCACUGAGCCGCCGGAGCAGUUUACCGAAUUUGGUCUAUCAUUUUUCAAUCUCAUGAAGUUCUGUAUACAGCGUUGUGAUGGCAUCAACUUUGUCAAAAUGGCUGAAUUGCAUCAUAUACUGUGGAAGAAGCUGGGCAGUCGUGCCCCCAAAGAAAUCAUCAUACAGGACGAACGCGUUGUGUUUGAGAAUCAAUUAAUGUGCUUGCAUAUGUUACCGCUGCUCUUCUCCAUGAAAUUUGCCAAGAAAAUGGCCGAUGAAUCCAAGAGCGAAUUGUUUGACACGUACAUCAUGAAAUUGCUGGUCAUGUCCUGUGAGCAAACAUUGCGUCUGUGCUAUAGCCUUCGUGAUGCCUUCAUCACGCCCGAGGGUAAUACCAAUGUCAGUCUGUUCACACCGGAAUUGGCUCGAAAGUGUGUACACAGCAUACUCUCACUGGAGCACAUCAUGGAUCGGGAGCAGGCAAUCACUGUCUGCCAGGCAUUGCUCUAUGCCUUGCGUGAAGUGGUUGCACUCAGCGAUGCGAGUAAACCAAUGGAUCCAGAGGAUUGUCACGGCACAAGUACCUCAAACAAUUAUUAUGAUAUAUAUCCGCGCGGUGCUGAGGCCAUUGUCAAUGAUCCUAGAGUCUUGCAUUCGGUUAUUGUUGGUCUGCGUACGUUGAUAGAACGUUUUAAGAUUACAUGGAAGGAGUCCGUGGAGACCAUUGGUCUGGUCAACUGCCUGGCCUAUGUCCUGGAGAACUGCAACAUGGAUGCAACUUGCACCGUUCAGGCCUUGAAGCUAGUUCAACUGUCAGUUGAGCACUUUCUCUCGCCCAAUAUGGCACUGCUGGUGGAUAAUCUACAGGGAUCAGCCUUGGUUUGUCUUGGACCGAUCAUUGUGAAGCGUAUGCACGACACAACAUGGGAAGUGCGCGACUCUGCAUUAGAAUUAGCCACAUCCAUAGCCAGCAUCUCUCGCAUCAAAUUUCCUGCAUUCCAACGAUUUCUAAUCGAUGUAAAGAUCCCACCAAUUGUCUAUGAGAUGGCCAAACAUGAUGGUGAACCGUAUGUUCGCGCCUCCGCCUACAAAUGCCUCUCCAAGAUGGUGCCCAUCAAUGCGAUCUGGGAGAACGGUCUCAGUCAAUUGGAUCUGGUGGAUCAUCUGCUAUUUGUGCUUUAUAGAGAACACGAAGAUAUUGUGCGUGCCGAGGCAAUUUUAACGCUGAGUAAAAUCUACGAUCAUCGCAAGAUACCAAACAAAUACAAGAACACGCUCUUUUCCACCCUCAACUACUGUGUGAUUGGUGAUCAUCAUUGGGAGGUGAAGGUGAAUGCUAUCUGCUUUUGGCGCAUGGAAUUUCAGCGUCAGCUCAAGAAUCAGGGCAUGAUCGAUGGCGUCUUUCCCAGCGUCACAUUCUCCAAAGAGCACAAAAAGAUUGUUACCCUUACGGAGCGUGAGAUUAAAUUGCGUGUAGCAAAAGUUUUGGCAGAGGUUCAACAAUAUGGAUACUAUGGUAUGAUGCUCAAAUGUCUCCGUGAGGAGUAUGCUCCUGAGGUGCUAAGAAUCCUUGUUACCGGCAUAAAUAUGAUGAAUGAGAAACUUAACGAAUAUGAUUUUGAGAUCAUCUUAAGUCAUAUUGAGUCGCUAACGCCGUCACUCGGAAAUACUGAAACCUGCCUCGUGUCCAACAAGCCGGAACAACAAAUGUCUGUUGAUCAGGACGAGGAUGGUGUGUCAAUAAAUGAGAGCCAGUCAAAUGAUGUCAUCGAAUCCAUAUUGAAUGCUCAGGAUAUGCAGCUGUUGGAGAAAACGUUCGAGUCGCAAAUGCAUAUUAAUCAUGAGGAUACCCAGAAGCGUCACAUUGAUGAGUUCUAUUAUAAACAGUUUGCUGUCUCUGUACGGGAAUGGAAAGCAGAGGUUAGCAAAAUUGAUCUGGAUCGUUUGGUGGUUCAGCAGGAGGAAUGGUUCGAUUGCAAGGAUAACUUGGUUUGCCUUCUGGACGACAUUCUAAAUGCUAUACAACGUGUUGCUGAUAGUGAAGUUUCCGAUUGUUAUUGAUUAAAUCAAAGCCAGGGAAACUCUAAUCUAUGUUUAUAAGCUACAAGUUUUAUUCUGAAAAAUAAACAAUUUGAUGCAUUUUCAAA